CAGAUGCAAAGGUGAAAUCCAUUCAAUAUUUUGUGCCGCGCCUGCUGAAAUGUGACGAGUCCAAUCGAGGCCGACCGAAUCAAGGCUGACCAGAUAUUGAUAAGCUAGUUGAGCAACGAAAGCGUUCAAUACGCCGCUUAACUGUUACGAGACAGUAGUUAAAAUGUUGAUCCGGUUGCUUGCACUCAGCCGUCCAGUAUCGGCUGCAGCGGAAGUGGCGUUGCGGACAACGGCUGUCGCAGGACUUGACGCCUCGUUCGUCAUAAGCAAUGCAGGCUCUGCAACCGCAUUACUGACCUCUAGGGAUGGGGGUUUUGAGGCCAGCACAAGCUACGGGGGUUGCGGGCAUGCCGCUCAGCCCGGAAGCCGACAUUCAGCAGUGCAGCGUAGGCCCUACGCCACGCGCAGCAGUUCCCCGGCUGCUUCUGAUACCCCUCAAGUUGAACCCACCGCAGCCAUGAAUCAACCUAGGGAUGCAGAGGACUUGGCCAUGGCCUCUGUGCCAAAAGCUUUCACUGCUCACGAUAAGACCGAGAUCGUUUCAGCUGACGCCGGCGACGAUGACCCCACACUAAGGGGCCUAGACAUGGACUCCCUGCUGCGCGUGCUGCUGCAUCCUCUGCCACUGGGUCGCAAGCUGAACCCGGCACUCUUUUCUGGUGCAGCCGCACCCGUCGUGCAGCUUGGUCGUGAGGCCCUGUUCUUCGACCCCAGCUACACUCUGUCUUCCACCAUGCGCGCAUUCCACGUCAUCCAGCGCAUUCUGCGUGACGACGGUCACGUCCUAGUGGUCAAUCCCAAUCCCGCCAUGCGGCCGCUGAUGCGCGAGGCCGCGCACCUGUGCCUCAACCGCAAUGUCUGGUUCUGGUAUCGAGACUGGCAGCCUGGAGCUCUCGCCGACACGAACCGGAGCAUGGCAACAGUCCUGGAUCCCCAUUACUGCCAGCCCAACCGCCGGCUGAUGGCCACACGUGGGUUAGCGCUACGCAACCCGCUCUGCCCUCCAGGUUCCCUGGAGUACAACACGCGGCACCCGGCGCCCAGGCUCAGUGACGCGGAUAUGAAGCAGUUGGAGGCGGGGCGCAAGGCGCUGUCGCGGCAACGCCGUGACCGGGAGAGGGCGCGGGAUCACAAGCAGGUUGUGGAGGCAUUGACAGCAGCAAGGGCUAGGGAGGCAAAGCUGCUUCCAGCAGGUGUGCAGCCUGCGGUGGGACGCGGGGGCCAUUCGGAGCGUCUAGCGUUGGUUGUGGCGCUGGAUUUGUCGUACGGCGGAGAUGCCGUACGUGAGGCGACGGAGCGCAAGAUCCCGACGGUGUCGCUGCUGAAUGGCCAUUCGGAUACCUCCCACGUGACGUUUCCCGUGUACGCGUCUGAGUCGCAUGCGGGCUUCCAGCAUUUUUUCCUAGAAUGGUUGCUGCGGGUGGUAAACCUGCCAGCGCCUACAGGGCAGCGGAAAGAGCCUCAGGAAGGUGUGCAGCAACUGCAGGGGCCAGCGCUUGCGGCGAAGGCAUCAGGGGCAUGA